AUGGAAGACUCUGGCAUCAAAGCGCCCAUCGACCAUGUCGAGAGCAAAACCGACAUCGACGACCUGUUGAAGCUCGACAAGGCCAACAAGAUCCUCACCGAUGCGGGAGGCCAACGGGUUGUCCUCACUCCCGAGAACAAUUCCAGAGUGCUGAAAAAGAUCGACCUGUACAUCCUGCCGGUCGUGCUUGGGAUAUACUUCCUGCAAGCUCUGGACAAGGCGACUCUGGCAUACGCGUCGGUAUUCGGCUUGGUCGACGAUGCCGAACUGGUCGGCCACCAAUAUUCCUGGCUCGGCUCUGUCGUCUAUCUGGCCCAGCUGGUCUCACAGCCAUUGAUCGCCUACAUACUCGUGAAGUUGCCGUUGGGCAAGUUCCUGGCGGUCAUCGUUUUGCUAUGGGGCAUCGCCCUGAGCAGCAUGCCGGCCGCGCACAAUUUCGCAGGGCUGUUGGUGUGUCGACUGUUCCUGGGACUGUUUGAGGCUGGAGUCGCACCUGCCUUUAUCGCUCUCACUCAGAUGUGGUGGCGGCGACGGGAACAACCUGUGAGGCUUGGAGCCUGGUACGCCAUGAAUGGCAUAACCAAUAUCUUCGGCUCGUUGUUGACCUACGGCAUCGGUCAUAUACAUUCCGACGUUCUGAAACCGUACCAGAUUAUUUUCCUGUUCUUUGGCCUGAUCACCGUGGUAUUUUCCGUUGUGGUGUGGCUCUUCCUUCCCGACUCGCCGCUCACUGCCCGCUUCCUGAAAGGCGACGAUAAAUUGAUUGCCAUUGAGAGACUGAGGGCGAACAAUCAAGGUAUCGAGGGCACUCAGUGGAAGUGGACGCAUGUGAGAGAAGCCGCUUUGGACGUCAAGACCUGGCUGUGGUGCGCCAUGAUGUUCACCAUCUCCGUCCCGAGCGGUGGUGUGUCGACGUUUGGCCCUCUCAUCGUGAAGAACUUUGGCUUCGAUCAAUUCGAGACCAUUCUCCUCAAUAUGCCAUUCGGUGCGGUCCAGCUCGUCGCAACAAUGGCCGGUGCCUGGGCAGCGACAGCGCUGAAGAUGAAGAGCCCGGUGCUGGCGUUCCUCAGCUUGCCCCCGAUUGCAGGAUGCGCCAUGCUUCUGCAUCUGCCGCGAGAUGCAUCAGCUAAGGCGCCUUUGUUGGUGGCAUAUUACCUGAUAUCGGUCUAUCCCGGCAUCACACCGUUGAUUUACUCGUGGUCCGCGGCCAACACCGCUGGAGAGACGAAGAAAAAGGUCACCACCGGAGCACUCUUCAUAGCUCAAUGCGCUGGUAAUGUUCUCGGACCUAACCUGUACACCACAGGGGAAGCACCGCUUUACCAUCGUGGGUUACUCUCAAAUCUUGCUUUGUUUGUCGUCCUCAUCGGACUGUACGCCGCCCAGGUCUUCUACCUCAUGCUCCUCAACAAAAAGCAUUCAAGCGCCCGCGAGCGCCUUGGGAAGCCUGCAUUUAUCAAGGAUGUAUCAAUGAGCCGAGUGAAGGCAAGACAGGACGCCGCUGACGAAGGUCACGAUGAAGAUGUGACGGGUCAACAUGCUUUCGACGAUAAGACCGAUUGGGAAAACGAAGAUUUCAUCUUCGUAUAUUAA